UGGAUACGGCGACGCAGGAGCCGAAUUUUUUGGGGCGGGUCCACUUUAAUUCCGGAGGUCCGGUGUUCGAAUCCGGGUCCGGGCGGCCCCUUUUUUCCCGUAAUUUCUUGGUAUAUUAUUGGUAUAUUCGGGCCCACCCUUAGAUUCUAG